AUGACAUCCUCUACAGCAACAGUGGACAACACAACAGAAGGGCUUGGUUCAGAAGAUUUUGGUCCUCUGGGUGAUCCUCUUGUCCGAGAGUCUGAAUUGACGGAGAAUUCCACCUACUAUGAGGCUCUCGUGGCUCUCCCUUCAGAUGAGACUAUGAACCAAAUGUGGCUCAUUUGGAGCGUUCUCCUCCUUGCCAUUGGCAUCUAUUCAGCAAUCAUCUUUCUCCCCGUUGCAUUCACCAAGAAAGUUCGGACAAAACCCUUCAACCUGUACCUGAUAUUUCUCAUGAUCCCCGACACAACUGGCACUCUGUUGUGUGGAGCCAAUUGUCUGGCCAACUAUCUGGCUGGAGAGUUUGCUGGUGGUGCAGCCACCUGCUACUUCCAAUCCUUCUACCUGAUCUCGUGGAUUUCCAUCAAUGCUUGGCUGAAUGCUUUAAUCACAAGGAAGCUGCUUGCCAUGCUUCAAUCCAGCAACCACUUUAUCAGGUACCAGCCACCCACUCUCUUACAAGUCACAAAGGAAUGCCUGCUGGUCUAUCUAUGGUGCUUUUUUGUGGCAAGUUGGGGUAUCUAUGGAGCGGCUUGGGAGUGGUGGCCUCACCAUACAAUCUUUCGACUCGCAUGUAUCCCAGGACCUGUCGAUGAUACCAGUAUGGUCUUUUUCUAUGUUGUCUACUUCCCCUGUCUGGUUGGCAUACCCUUCUGCUAUGUACUCUAUGCCUCAUUCCGAAUCUGGAGAGAGGGACUACUGCCACCACCUGGACGACGACGAACUCUAGCAAUCUACUUUUUCCGCCUGGCGUUCGUCUUUAUUGUCAUGUGGGUUCCAAGCAUUAUUCUGAUGUUUGUCACUCCAGCUUUUACCAACCCAUGGGUGGAACAUGUGGGUGGUACCUGGUCACAUUUGCAAGUGUUUGUUUCCUCUUCAGUCAGUCUCAUGAAACCAGAUAUCUGGGAAGCAUUCAUUGACUUCUAUACCAAAUGCACCCUGCUUCGGAAAGAAGAAGUGGACCAGGAUAUGCCACCUUCUUCCUGGAUAAGUACAGUACCAAUACCAGGAUUCUCUGAUGCUUCAACUCACUCACAUGUUCGGCCAUUUGGGGUCACAAAGAAGCCACUAACUCUUGAGGAAGAAAUACACAGUUUAGAACUAAUAAAGUUUCAAUUGGAGUCAGAGUCCAAACGGAAGCCAUCGUCAAUACCCAUGAUGGACUAUCGUGUAGGAAAUGAUGAAGAAGAGGAUGACGAAGAUCCAUAUAAAGAGGCCUGCAGGGCAGAUUGUGGUGUCAACAAAGGCAACAAUGAUCAUGCUAGUGACAUUGAAUCCUUGGGCAGUUUUGCAAAUGAAUGA